AACAAUCAGCACAGUGUUACUAUAUCAAUUCUGACCUUGACUAAGGGUUGGAUAUGCAAUAUCAGGAAACAGGCUACAUGAAGUCAUAAAACCUCGCCUUAACAGAAAAGAGGAGAUCCACGCACCAGUCUGUUACCUGCAGCUGUAAAACAAAGGGGAAUUUUGGACUACAUCACUUCUCUCCGUUCAGAGCUUCAGGAUGUCCCUGACAGUGUCUAAGGGUGACAAGGUGACUGUUAUUACCGUCACCCCAAACUCAAAAAGUAAAUGGCCCAUUCUGUGUCAGAUUCUGGGUACCAUGUGCUACAGUCCAGUGUGUUCUGUAGCUCAAGAUAUGAAAGGAAAGCAAACACAAACUCUGACAGCUCUUGGGAUUUUGCAGAUGAUAGUUGGUGUCAUAAAUAUUGUGGUGGGAAUCUUGUUUGCAACCCUCGACAUUCACAGUAAAAUUAUGAUGUCUCAAGCUCCUUUUUGGCUUGGUGGUGUGUUUCUUGCAAUUGGAAUCCUAUGUAUUCUUGCAAAUAAGUUUCCCAGUCCUUGUCUGGUGGUAAUCGCAGUGAUUCUGAACAUAGCCAGUGCUGCGCUGGCAAUCGCAGCUGUUGUGCUUUAUUCUGUGGACCUGGCGAGUGAUCACAACUUGUAUUGCUACAACUACAAUUAUUAUUACUCUACUACACCUUCCACAUUAGAGCGACAAAAAAUGUGGAAACGCUGUGAGGAAUACAAGCAUCUCUAUCAGAUGUUUCUUGGAGGUCUAGAUAUCAUGAUGAUUGUUUUGUCAGUUCUUCAGCUGUGCGUAGCCAUCAGUUUCUGUGUUCUGACUGUCAAAUCUUGGAUCAAGAAGAGUGAAGAUUUGAAGUCUGUGGAGGAACCACAACUUCAGCCACUUCUGGAAGAUACCAUUGCCAUUCCUGCAAUCUAGAAAGAAAAGAUACACACCAAAGCACAUUAUUAUUCAACUUUUUCGGGUGUUUGUGAUUCACUAAAGUAUUGAUCUAAGAUUAGUUUUCAAAUUACACUUAAAAUUUGAAUAAAUGUAUUCUUUAAAAAUUAAAUAAUCCUUUAAAUAAAUGACUAGAGCACUUCAGCAUACACUUUCCUUUUUUGUAAGAAACCUGUGUGUAUAAGUCAACGAUCCUGUUUUGGAAAUAAGUUACUUAUAUUAAUUACUAAAUAAUAUUUUGUGAUAUAAAAAUUACUAAGUAUUUUGUAGGGCUGACGUUAUAAAGUCUGUCUAAUCCUAUUGGCCGAGCUGCCAACAUGUGACUUGUGUCAACACAUAUAAUGUAAAAAAAGUUUUUUAUGUAUGUGAUUUUACUGCUUUAUGAUGUUUUAUCUCUUAGGGGCGGUUUCCCGGACAGGGUUUAGAUUAAUCCAGGACUACGCUUCAGUUAGGACAUUUAAGUCAAUUUUACAAACAAACCUUACGAAAAACAUUACUGGUGUGUAUCUUGAGACAAAACAAUGGCACAAGUACAAGUUGUUUUUAAAUUCAAACAUGCAUUUUAGUCUAGGACUAACAUAAACCCUGUCCAGGAAAGCUUUCUUAAUUAUUUUCUUAUUAUCAUCCCUUUAAAGAUGUGCUUACCUUUAAAAUUUGUGUGAUAUAUAUUUUCACUUUGAUGUUUCAAAAAUAAAACAUUUGUACAUCUUUAUUUUACUUUA